GUCCGCGCAACGCCGCCGGAGAAGACUGGACGGGACACUGCGCGGGGGGUUAGCGCCCGACGACACUGACUGGGACAUUCUGGACAAAAUCGACACGGGAACUGCUUGAUGGAAUCGCAAUUAAAAAUGGACAAUUUGCAUCGGAGGUAGCCGGUGGAUUUGGACAGUAGGAAUUAUUCACACACUGACACAGAGAGAGAGAGAGAGAGAGAGAGAGAUAAGAGAGAGAGAGAGGGGGACGCCAUGCGCACACACGCAGCCGCUUUGUGAUCACCGGUCGUCGGCUGUUUUCGGUGUCUUCGCCCUCCUGCGGGCAUGGACUGACCGACUCUCCAACCUCUUUUUUUGUGGAUGAUUUGAUGGGGCUGCUCAGAGUCAUGAUGCCGCCGAAGUUGCAGCUGCUGGCACUGCUGGCGUUCGCCGUGGCCAUGUUCUUCUUGGAGAACCAGAUCCAAAAGCUGGAGGAGUCCCGGGGAAAACUCGAGAGGGCCAUUGCUCGACACGAGGUACGGGAGAUCGAGCAGCGGCACACCCAGGAUGGCCUGCGGGAGCGGGACACGUCGUGGGCGGCGUCCACGCAGGAGAGCGACGAGGACGUGGUCAUCGUGUACAACCGUGUGCCCAAGACUGCCAGCACCUCCUUCACCAACAUCGCCUACGACCUGUGCGGGAAGAACCGCUACCAUGUGCUGCACAUCAACACCACCAAGAACAACCCCGUCAUGUCCCUCCAGGACCAGGUGCGCUUUGUGAAGAAUGUGACGGAAUGGAGGGAGAUGAAGCCUGCUUUCUAUCAUGGACAUGUCUCCUUCCUGGACUUCACCAAGUUUGGCGUGAAGAGGAAACCCAUAUACAUAAACGUGAUCAGAGACCCCAUUGAACGACUGGUAUCCUAUUAUUACUUCUUGCGGUUUGGAGACGACUACCGACCAGGUCUGCGGCGCAGAAAACAAGGCGACAAGAAGACCUUUGAUGAAUGUGUGUCAGCCGGCGGCUCCGACUGCGCACCCGAGAAGCUUUGGCUCCAGAUUCCCUUUUUCUGUGGUCACUCGUCUGAAUGCUGGAACGUGGGCAGUCACUGGGCCCUGGACCAGGCCAAAUACAACCUGGUCAACGAGUACAUGCUGGUGGGCGUGACGGAGGAGCUGGAGGACUUCGUCAUGAUGCUGGAGGCGGCCCUGCCACGUUUCUUCAAAGGAGCCACAGAGCUCUACAGAACAGGAAAGAAGUCCCACCUGAGGAAGACGAGCGAGAAGAAGCCGCCCACUCGGGAGUCGACGGCCAGACUGCAGCAGUCGGCCAUCUGGAAGAUGGAGAACGAGUUCUACGAGUUCGCCCUGGAGCACUUCCAGUUUGUCCGGGCACACGCCGUGCGGGAAAAGGACGGGGAACUCUACAUGCUGGCUCAGAACUUCUUCUACGAGAAGAUCUACCCCAAAAACUGAGCGGGGCCGUGCGCUCAGAGAGAGGAGGUCCCGGGAAGCUUGUGUUGCCGUGACAACCUGUUGACGAGGCGACUGACAGUGGACAGGAAGUGUUCCGUCCGUCCCGCCCCUUUGCAGCUGCCGGGCCAUGUCAAAGGUCAACCGAGGGCACAUCUGCGUCGCGGACAAAACGUUUUGGUGGCGUUAACUGCCGGCGUCUUUUUGUACAUGCAGACGUGACGCCGCGUCCUCGCUCCCAUUUCAAAUGUAAUAUUUCACAGCUCCGCAGAGACUUGGGAGGUUUUAGGAAAAUCACAAAAACUCAACAAAAAGGCUGCUUUGGAUGACAGUGGAACCUCCAUUUAUGAACCUGAUUGGUUCUUCAAGGUGGUCGCCAACCCAAACGUUCGUAUAGCGAAGCAGAGUUUCCCUUAAAAAUCAACGAGAACAUGAAUCAUCCACUAAAGUCAUAAUUUUAGUAAAAACCUGCACACUUUGA